UUAGAACAGGAUUAAAAUAGGGCGCUCAACUCCGUCAUCAUGCAUUGGCGUUACAAUGCCCUUUGCCUUUAAGGGUCUUUCAAUCUCAAGAGUCUCCCCCUCUUCUAAAUCUACCUGACACACACAAUUAAGAAAAGCACCAUUUUUUAGACUGAAAUCAAUGUUGAGUUGUUAUAUAUAUUUUUAAUAUGAGAUAAAGAAAAAGGCGCUUUCAUAUUCCUCUGAACCUCUUGAAACUCUACUCCCAAGAAAACCCAUCCCUUCUCUCUUGGGGUACAGCUUGAUUUGCACAUUGCACAAGAUUUGAGCUCCUCCCCCUGUAUAAAGUGAACCCCAUCUGUUCUCUUGGGGUAUUGCUUGAUUUUCACAUUGCACAAAAAUUAAGUUCUUCCCUUUGUAUAAAGUGAACCCAUCUCUUCACUCUUGGGGCAUUGCUUGGUUUUCACAUUGCACGAAAGUUAAGUUUUUUCCCCAUGUAUAAGGUGAACCCAUCUCUUCUCUCUCGGGGUAUAGCUUGCUGACUUGCACACCUCACAAAAGUUGAGCUCCUCCCCUUGUAUAAAGUGAACCAUCUCCUCUCUGUUGAGUUAUAGCUUGAUUUUACCAUUGCUCAAAAAUUGAGUUCUUCCCCUUGUAUAAAGUGAACCUCAUCUCUUCUCUCCUGGGGUAUAGCUUGAUUUGCACACUGCACAAAUUUUUGAGCUCUUCCUCUUCCAAGUGCCCUCUUGAAAAUGGCCUCGACCAAACACAUGAAGAAGACAACAUCCAUGCGCUCCCACUCAUGGUGGUGGGACAGCCAUAUUAGCCCCAAGAACUCAAAAUGGCUCUCUGAAAAUCUUGAAGUGCCGAUGGAUCUUAAUCUUGCAGAGAUGGAUCAGAGUGUGAAGCGCAUGCUGAAGCUGAUUGAGGAGGAAGGUGACUCUUUUGCGAAGAAGGCUGAGAUGUACUAUGAGAGGCGGCCAUUGCUUGUCUCCCAUGUCGAGGAUUUCUAUCGCAUGUACCGUUCCUUGGCUGAGCGAUACGACCACCUGACUGUAGAGCUCAGAAAGAACAUGCCUUCAGUUCUCGAAGAGUCAGGAGACUCUCCAAGCCCUGACUCUUCCUCUACCCAUUCUCGGAAGUCCUCAAGGCCGAGGUCUAAGCAUAGAGCUGCGGGUUUUGAUGUUUUUCUGGGCUCUGAUAAGAGUACCACUGACCAUUCUCAAAGGGGAAGUGACUCGGGGUCCUCUUCAUCAGAUUCUGACUCAUCGUCGUCAAAUUCGGACUCUUCGAAUAAUAAGGAGUUUUCGGAGAAUGGCUCAGAUGGGGGGUUGAGGAGGAGGAUUUUGGAGCUGGAGGAGGAGCUUAGAGAGGUGAGGGAGAAGCUUAGGGUGGCAGAGGAGGCAAGAUUUUUGGGACCGAUGGCAGGUGGUGGAGAUUCAGUGGAGAGUCUGAGGGCGAUUGAGAGGGCUCGGGAGUUGGAGGAUAGCAAUGGGAAGUUGAGGGAGGAGAUUGAGAGGUUGGGGCUAGAGAUUGAGAGGGCAAAUGAGGAGAGAGAAAGGAUUAGGAUAAAGGCUCAAGAAGAGAGGGAAGAGCUCAAGGCUAGGUCUAGGUUCGAGAGAGAGGAGUUUGAGGUGAGGGCUAGGGUCGAAAGAGAGGAGCUUGAGGCAAGAUCACGAGCAGAGAGAGAGGAGGUCGAGGAGAGGGCUCGGUUAGAGAGAGAAGCAUUAGAAGCAAAAGCUCAAAAGGGGAUGGAAGCACUGGAGGCAAAGAACCAGAAGGAAAUACAAGAUCUACUGGCAAAGGCUUCAAUGGAGAGGGAUGCAGUGGAGGCAAAGUAUCAAGAAGAGAGAGAUGGCCUGGUGGCAAAAGAACAAGAGGAGAGAGCGAGGCGUGAGACAAAGGCUCAGGCAGAAAGAGAAGAGAUCGAGGCUCGGGCUCGGCUAGAGAGAGACGCACUAGAGGCAAAGACGAGGCAGGAGAGAGAAACCCUGUUGGCAAGAACCCAGAUAGAGAAAGAAGAGUUUGAAGCAAUGGCCAGGGCAGAGAGAGAAGUGCUAGAGGCGAAGGCAAAAGAGGAGAGAGAGGCGCUCGGGGAGAGCGUCAGAGAGGCCGACAAACACUUGCACGAGCUGCACCUCGAUCAUGCGAGGCUCAUGGAAGUGGUGCAGGCAGGUGGAGCCCGUAUCGUCGAGCUUGAGGCAAAGGUGAUGGAGCUCAGAGAGGAAAAGAGAGAGGCAAUUCGGCAGUUGUGUUUCUCUCUCAACCAUUUCCGUGAUGGGUACCACCAGCUCAGGCAGGUGCUCCAUGGCCGGCCAGCUGGAGUCUCAGUUGUCUAGGGGUAUUUUUAUCUUUUAUUUCUGGGUGCUGGGAGAAGUUUGAAUCUCCCUUUUGGAAAAAUAUGAGCGUUCUUAAGAAAGCUUUGGUGAAUUUGUGAACUUGGAACUCUCUUGAGUGUUUAUUUCAAUCCAAUGGCACAAUACAUGGUAUGAUGGGAA